GACAAAGUGUGCCAAAGAAACCAACUGCUGCCUAGGAGUGAGAGGGCAUCCUGGGUUAGAGGUUCUGCGGAAGCUAAGGCGACGAAAGCACGCAAGCGUAGCCCUUUCUCCUUGCUUUCUUUUACCUUAGGGUUCAGUAGCAGCGGGGACAGCCUAAGGCUCAGUGUAUGGCCACGGAGUUACAGUGUCCGGACUCCAUGCCCUGUCAUAGCCAGCCAGUAAAGUCUGUCUCAACCCCAAGCCCAGAGACACUGCAGUCUGGAGACCCAAUCGCGGACUUUGUCCAGGGAAACUGCGCCUCCAUGGCUAAACUGACUCUCCUGACGGGGCACGCCCAUUCUAGCGUGCCGGACGAGAGGGACCCUCAGGCCUGUGGCAGCACCUGCAACCCGGAGAACAACAGCGGCAGUGGUGACAGUAGUAACUCUGAUGUGCCAGCCGGCGACUCCUUCCUAGGGGAUUUCGACCUCUCCCAGCAGAUCGGGGCGCAGCUUAAACUGCUACCUAUGAAUGAUCAGAUCCGGGAGCUACAGACCAUCAUCCGGGACAAGACAGCCAGUAGAGGUGACUUCAUGUUUUCUGCAGAUCGUUUGAUCAGACUUGUUGUGGAAGAGGGAUUGAAUCAGCUGCCAUAUAAAGAAUGCAUGGUAACCACUCCAACAGGAUACAAGUAUGAAGGAGUGAAAUUUGAGAAGGGAAAUUGUGGGGUCAGCAUAAUGAGAAGCGGUGAGGCAAUGGAACAAGGCUUACGAGACUGUUGUCGAUCUAUACGUAUUGGAAAGAUCUUGAUUCAGAGUGAUGAGGAGACACAAAGAGCCAAAGUCUAUUAUGCCAAGUUCCCCCCCGACAUUUAUCGGAGAAAAGUACUUCUGAUGUAUCCAAUUCUCAGCACUGGAAAUACUGUAAUUGAAGCUGUAAAAGUUCUUAUAGAACAUGGAGUUCAGCCCAGUGUUAUCAUCCUACUCAGUCUGUUCUCCACUCCUCAUGGUGCCAAAUCAAUCAUUCAAGAGUUUCCAGAGAUCACAAUUUUAACUACUGAAGUUCAUCCUGUUGCACCUACACAUUUUGGACAGAAAUACUUUGGAACAGACUAAGUUACUGGAGGAAAAUGAAUUAUCUUGUGUAAUAUUACAGUUAUGUUUUGAGUUUCUCCUUGUUUCACUAAGUUGCUUGAUGAAUGGCAGAGAAAAAUGCAUGAAAGAUCCUUUUUAAUUGAAGUGGGUACAG